AUGCUCUUAUACCCGCUCGAUACGGUGAAAACAAGAAUCCAAGCCGAACAGACAGAGAGAAAAGAGGAAGUCGUACGAGGCGGUCUUUUCCGACGCUCGAUUUCCUCCCGGGAGCCUUUACUCCUGUCUAAGAAAAAGAAACCAUUCUUGUUCCAGUUUUACGAGUCCAUCCAUCGAGACGGCGUCUUGCAACUGUUCAACGGCGUGAAACCAAAGUUUUACCACGCGUUGACCUCUUCGUUCGUGUAUUUCUUCGCCUUUAGCGGGUUGAAACGGAAAGUCGAGGAGAGAAAUCCAAACCAAAAGAUAUCGAUUGGGAUGAGUUUAAUAGUCGCGACGACGGCGGCGGCGAUGAACGUUUUGUUGACUGAACCGUUGGAUACGUUGAGCACGCGAGCGCAGGUUGGGAGUUGUCCGACGAAAAGAGGCGAGCGAGGAGGAGAGAGGGAUGGGAUGUCUGUGCACGAAUCGGGAGAUUUUAGCAACGUGGGCCAGAGUUUCAAUCAGAGAGAUUCGAAAGAAGAGGAAAGAAAGAAGAAGUUUCACGCGAGCGAUUCGGAGGUUUCAGAUUCCGAGAACGAAAGUGAUUCCGAAUCAGAAUCGGACGACGACGACGACGAGAGCAUCGCGAGUACUCCGGGACAGAGCUCGGCGACGAAAGGAGGGAAGAGAGGGAAUGCGAGUUUUGUGACUUCUUCGAGCUCGUUUCGAGACGUCGUGAAUAGAAAACUCGAGCGAGCGCAGCGCAUCUCCUCGAAAACCAUUCGAAAGUUGCGCAUGAAGUUGCCGUCCAAGAAAAUGCUGGAAAAGAAAGCGAGAAUGUAUAAACGACGCGUGCGAAGAGAGUAUCGGAGAUCGGUGGAGAUUUUGACCACGACUGUGCCAAAUUUAUACGCCGGCGUAGGAGCGUCGUUGUUGCUCACGGUGAAUCCAACCAUUCAAUAUACCAUGUACGAGCAAUUAAGACAGAGAGCGUUGAAAGGAUUGAGCGUUGGGAGAAGGAAACCGGUGAGAGAAUUACCGGUGUUUGAGGCGAUUGUUAUCGCGGCGUUAUCGAAAGCGGCGGCGACGGUGGCCACGUAUCCUUUGAUUCGCGCGAAAGUAUUACAGAAAGCGGCGACGAAUCCGAACGAGCAACACUCGCAACAAAAGAAUAGAAGAAACGCUAGUAGUAAACCAACCGAUUUUGCGACGCUAUCGUUGUUACAAAUUAUGGCCGACUUGAAGAAGCGAGAAGGCUACGCGGGUUGGUAUCAGGGCUUAAACGCGCAGCUGACGAAAACCGUCGUCGCCUCGGCCAUCGGGUUGAGCAUCAAAGAAAAAUCGUUUCGAGCGAGUCAACUGUUAGUCGCCGCGUUUUCCAAGCACGAUUAG